AUGGCGGCCGGCGUGGUCGAGGCGACGGCGCUCGUCCCCGACGUGGUGCGGUCCGUGACGAGCGCGGCCAGGGAGCUCCUCGACAUGGGCGCGACGCGGCUGGUGAUCCCCGGAAACUUCCCGCUGGGGUGCGUGCCGAGCUACAUGGCCGCGGUGGACGACAAGGACCCGGCGGCGUACGACGCCACCGGCUGCCUCGCGGCGCUGAACCUGUUCGCCCAGAUGCACAACGUGCUGCUGCAGCAGGGCAUCCGGGAGCUGCGCCGGGCGUACCCGGGCGCCACCAUCGCCUACGCCGACUACUUCUACGCGUACGUGCGGAUGCUGCGGGACGCCGGCGAGGCGGGGUUCGACGCGGCGGCGCUGACCAGGGCGUGCUGCGGCGCCGGCGCCGGCGCGUACAACUUCGACAUGGACCGGAUGUGCGGCGCGCCGGGCGCGUCGGUGUGCGCGAGGCCCGAAGAGCGCGUCAGCUGGGACGGCGUGCACCUGACGCAGCGCGCGUACAGGGUCAUGACCGACUUGCUCUACCACAAGGGGUUCGCGUCCCCGGCGCCGGUGGAGUUCCCGCGUGCGUGA